AUGUAUUCUUCUCUUCAGCGACACAACAUUGUUCUCAUUGUUGUCCUGUUGACGCUUUUAUUCUCUUUAACUUAUUUUCGGCAUGCUGCAUAUCAAAUCGACAGACCACUAUCAUCCGUGUUACAACAAUCGCCCGAGGAACAGCUACAACAACAACCCAUCAUCUCGCCACCCCCACCUCCUUCUUCGGCAUUGAGCACUUUAUCCAACGAAACAACUGCAUGUGAUAAAGUAGACUUCAGCUGGCUAGCAUCGGAUCGUACGCAUUGGGAUGGUUGGGCAUCAAAAGCUAUGUUCAUGCGACCCGAUGGAAAGUAUACAUCGAGAAACUUUACCAUCGAAGCUGGUGACAGCUUGUGUGCUGUUGUUUUGCUUGGACCAAUUCCAGCCGUGGGUGCUAUACGACCUGAAACGCACUUUGCACCAGCUGACAGCAUCACAAUCCAAGCAGUGGGCGAUCAUGUUUUGAUUCCAAUUACGCUACAACAGCACCACAAACAAAGCAACGUAUACUAUAGCGCUGUACACUUUGCUCACCCUGACACCUAUCGCCUUGAAAGCACCACCGAAUACCGUUCCUAUUUUUGGGAAGCCCCUAUUUAUCACGCUCACCGACCUUUCCAUUAUACCUCACAUCACCGGGUCACGGUCAACACACCACCCGUUAUUGACCAAGCCCAAUCGUAUUGCGAUACCACUCAUGCAACAGCCGGUAGUUGGAUCAACAAAACGAUGGAUGAUAUGGUUGAUUCCGAUUUUUUGAUUUAUACUCCCGACACUUGUCAAUUGCGCGACAUCACCCCAUCUGAAGCAGCCCAAUGCCUUGAUGCUAAAAACGUUCAUGUUGUCGGCGAUAUUCACGUGCGGAGAAACAUGCGUUCGUUUGCCUCGGGUGAAGAUUGUAGUGUGGUCGAUGAUAAUGACAAGUGCGGCUAUAAUGAAGAUGAGCUUGUCCUUGAUGCUGCUACUAGUGGAUGGCCUGCAAAUACGGAUGUUCAAUACCUUAUCAUGGAUAACAGCAUUGGCAUGGAUGGCCAUUGGCGUGAUGUGCUACAACAAGAGGAUAUCCCACGUGCUGAUGUGGUGAUUGUUGGCGUUGGUAACCAUGACAUUGAGCAAAACCGGUUAACACCACGACAAUACUGGCACGCCUUUACCGAAUUCUUGAUCCACUUAAUGACCAAGGUCUAUCCAACACAGACGAUUGUUGUACGUACCCCACAAUACUUUUGCUGUGGCACCAUUCAUGGCACGUCAUGGAAUGCAGGCCGUAGCCAUGCAUUUGCCAACGUGAUGCGUCAUGCAGUACAACACAUGGCAAGCGAUCGUAUUGUUCUUUGGGAUACACAUCGCCUUGGUAUCAAUGCACACGUUUGUCCAGGCACUACCCAAAGCCCAUGCAACGUUGUCAACACCGAAAAUCUCCUCCUAUCCAACAUCUUGUGCUCUUCCUCUUCUUCAUGA